UAUUGUGAACUGUCCUCAGGCGGAAUUGCCUCCAACAAUAUCUACACUCUUUUCCAAUUGAUCACAAUUGAUCACACCACCGACCAAGCCUCGAGCUAUCAUUCAUAUCAUUCACAUUAUCCAUAUAUUUACUACAUCCAAAUAACGCUAGAAAAUGCACCAGAGCGCGCUCCUCAGCUGCGCUCUCACCACGACUGCUCUCCUCGACCGGCUCGGCGUGCCACACGCCUUCUUUGGCGGCUUCGCAACAACCGUCCUCGGCUGCCGCCGCGAAACAAAGGACAUUGACCUUGUCGUGUCCGUGUCCAAGGCCACCCUUGUCGCCCUGCUCUCCUCGCAUCCAGACUGGAUGGAGAUUCCCCACGCGCGGGACGACUACGUUGCAUAUCUCUGGAAAGGCCUACACCGGCCCUCUUCCUCCUCAUCCUUCACUUCGUCUUCUUCAUCCUCUUACGGCAGCACAGCAACCGGCCCACUCGUCCUCGUCGAAUUCUUUCCUCUUCCGCCUCCUGACUUUCGCAAGGCGUCCCCUUGCGUCUCGUCCUUUUCGUCUUCCUUUCCACACGACGACAUUUUCUUCCACUGCCCUUUCUCCUCCCCAUCAUCCUCAUUCUCCUCCAUCUCCUCUUCGUCCUCGUCUAUUUCCUCUUCGUCGUCGUCCUCGUCCUUUUCUUCCUCGUACUUCCCCAUGCCGCCGCUCCCCCUACUCUCCCCCGCGCGGCUCUUUGUCGGCAAACUCAGCGCCACGACGCGCCGCUCGAAACCGUCUGAUCUGCAGGAUCUGCUUUUCCUGCUGCGUCUUUUUCCGCACGACAUUGAGCGCGCCAUUCGCCAUCUGCGAACUUCUUCCUCUUCUUCUCUAUCCUCCUUCUCCUCUUCUUCUCUACCCUCCUUCUCCUCAUCCUACUCCUCUUCUUCUUCAUAUUCUUCCUCUUCCUCUUCGUCUUCGUUUUUACUACCGUUAUCGUCGUCAUCAUCGUCAUCUUCUGGCCGCCACCGCUCGUUUAGUCCCCUCGGCCGUGGUCGUAAAGCCAGCCCCUCACGCAUAGCAAAUCGCGACGCAUGGCUCGCGCUACAAUCACUCGCUGCGAAGUCGCCCGAACUCCGCGCGGCGGUGGGUCGGGCGGGGAUUAAACUCGUUGCGCGGCACAAGUCCGCGGCGAAGGCAGCGGCGGCGGCGGCAUCGGCGGCGGGGUCGAGAUUGGAACCGCAACCGCUUGGGCAGAUGAGGCACGUGUUGGAGACGGGGGCGGUUCAGAGGGGGAUCAUGUGUUGUUGAUUGAUUCCUCCCUUUCCUUCCCUUCCCGUCUCCUUAUCGGCCAUUUCUCCCCUUCCCUUCCCUUCCCUUCCUGUCUCUCGUUAUCUGCCAUUUCGUUUUAUUA